AUGGAGAGGAAGGAAGGCGAAACAUCAAAUUUGUUUGUUCAGAAUAUUCCACCGAGAUACCAUUGGAGAGGAUUGAGGCAAUUCUUUGGUAGGCAUGGAGAUGUGAUGAGCUCGUUCAUAGUGAUGAAGUAUGAUAGAGCAGGGAAUCGUUUUGGUUUUGUCAGUUUCUCCAACAGAAACGAUGCAGAUAGAGAAGCUUUUAGGUUAAAUGGUUUAUGGAUUCUCGGAUACCGGUUAACAGUCAAAGAAGCUAGGUACAGAGAUAAGAGCCAAAGUAGGAAAUUGUAUACGCCAUCAGAUUCCAAAGUUGUAUCAUCGGUAGGACAAGAAAAGAAUAGUAUUUCUGGAGCUAGCACGGAGGAGCAAGCAAUGAGAAGCAGUAAAAUUAUUCAGGGGGAAGUAGAUGAGAACGUUGUACGAAAGCUUCAAAAAUGCUUGGUAGGGACGUUGGUGACGGUUUGUUCUUCGAGUCAAGUGGAAGAUAUAUUAUAG